GACUCUCUUGAGAAAAUGUUGAGGUUCAUGACUUUGCUUCUCGCAGCCAGCACAUUUGGCAAUGGAGCGACCGUGCAUGACUUCAACGAUUAUGUGGACAAGGUCGUUGGCUCGACUCUACCGCCUCUCAUUAGGAACGCACAUUCGCUUUAUCCGGAGACGCGCAUUCCAUUCCACAGGUUCGAGCUAUCGGAAGAGUUCGCCUGGCAAAACGAUAUAGAAGUGAGACUGACAGAGGGGGCUGUGAAGGAACUGGACGUCGUCACUGAACGUAGCGGAAGCUGCAGUCAUCCUUCCGAGGUGAUGGGAGCCACAGUUACAACCUGCACCCUCGACUUGAGCCAACACCAAGCCACGUAUACCGUUCAGACGAACCGGGGAGAGCACAUUUUUGCGAGACGCAAGAGGUUCUCGGUCGAUGUGAGGGUCCCAUCUGCAACGGCUUCAGUUGUGCUGGCCUCCAACAGGACGCUAAACGCCAGACUCGUAUCCUUCCAUCUGAAUCACAUCGGGCUUGAGAUUAGUUACGACCGGGAUUUCGAUCUUGAUGCUUCACGCCACGAGAAGUCCUGGGACGAAGUUGAUCGUUCCACGCGCUCAGAGCUCAUCAAGAUCCUCGAAGGCAGCGAUUUCACAGCCCUUUCUCAGGCAUUUGCUAACACUUGCUUCGCCUGUAGAUGA